AUGGAGGAGCCACGGCAUCAGUCCCUGGGGAGAGCGAGCUCAGGGGGAGGCAAGGAGCCUGCAGCACUCCCGGGGUGGGGGAAGGUGCCCAUCGGAAAAAUGAGGCCUUAUUCAGCCUCUGUGUCAUCAUCUGAAGUUCAUCCAUCGGCAGGUCUACAGGUGCCGCACUCUGCGUGGACCUCGGAGCGGGAGGAGAUUCAGGGAUAUGAGGAUGCCCUACAGAAAACCAUGUGCACUCUGGUCACAAAACUGUGGCCUGUGUUUGAAACUUCAACCCCACUGCUGCCAUGUGAGGGAACAGGGGCGCUGAGAGUGUUUGAGCGCAACGAAGAAAGUGUCAGGGAUGUUAUUGGGAGGAAAAUAAAAAUUUCGGUCAAGAAGAAAGUAAAGCUGGAAACCAAGGGAGAUAAAGGGGAUAACAAAAUAUUGGUGUUGGCAUCAUGUCGGGCAUUUCUUUUAACAUCUCGGAUUCCCACCAAGUUAGAACUAACUUUCAGCUACUUGGAAAUCCAAGGAGUAACUUCCAGUAAACCGGGUCAGUUGAUUAUGGAAACUGAGAAAUGCAGCAUCUCCAUGAAGAUGGCAUCUUCGGAAGAUGUGAACGAGGUGCUGGCGCACAUCGGGACCUGCCUCAGGAAGAUAUUCCCUGGACUCUCGCCAGUGAGGAUUCUGAAAAAAGUAACUAUGGAGCCUUCAGAAAGACUGGCUAAUCUCCAGGCCCUGUGGGACAGUCAGACAGUGGCAGAACUUGGACCUUGUGGAGGCUUUUCACAGAUGUAUGCCUGUGUUUGUGAUUGGCUUGGAUUUCCCUAUAGAGAAGAAGUACAGUGGGAUGUCGAUACGAUUUAUCUAACACAAGAUACCAGAGAGUUGAAUUUGCAAGACUUCAGCCACCUUGACCACAGAGACUUAAUACCUAUAGUUGCUGCUCUGGAGUAUAAUCAGUGGUUUACAAAGCUGUCCUCCAAGGAUCUGAAAUUAUCCACUGAUGUCUGUGAGCAGAUACUGCGAGUGGUGAGUAGGUCCAAUCGAUUGGAAGAGCUGGUAUUAGAGAAUGCCGGGCUUAGAACAGAUUUUGCACAGAAACUAGCCAGUGCCCUAGCCCAUAAUCCCAACUCAGGACUCCAUACGAUCAACCUUGCUAGCAAUCCACUUGAAGACAGAGGUGUGUCAUCUUUGAGCAUCCAGUUCGCCAAACUUCCAAAGGGACUGAAACAUUUAAAUUUAUCUAAAACCUCCUUGUCACCUAAAGGGGUGAAUAGCCUUUCUCAGUCACUGAGUGCCAACUCGCUGAUCGCGAACACGCUCGUCUAUCUUGACCUCUCAGGGAACGCCCUCCGUGGUGAUGAUCUCUCUAGUCUGUACAAUUUUUUGGCCCAGCCAAAUGCCCUUGUUCACCUGGAUUUAUCCAACACGGAGUGUGCGCUAGAUAUGGUGUGUGGAGCCCUCCUUCGUGGAUGUCUUCAGCAUUUAGCUGUCCUUAGCCUCUCUAGGACUCUUUUUUCUCACAGAAAAGGAAAAGAAGUCCCUCCUUCCUUCAAACAGUUUUUCAGCAGCUCACUUGCUUUGAUGCAGAUUAAUCUUUCGGGAACUAAACUCCCUCCUGAGCCUCUAAAAGCGCUUUUAUUAGGCCUGGCUUGCAAUCACAAUCUGAAGGAGGUGUCUUUAGAUCUCAGUAGCUGUGAGUUAAGAUCGGGAGGUGCACAAGUCUUGGAAGGAUGCAUAGCAGAAAUACACAAUAUCACCAGCCUAGAUAUUUCAGACAAUGGCCUAGAAUCUGACCUCUCAACCCUUGUAGUCUGGCUUAGUAAAAACCGAUCGAUAAGACACUUGGCAUUAGGCAAAAACUUUAACAACAUGAAAUCCAAAAAUCUCACUCCAGUACUUGAUAAUUUAGUUCAGAUGAUUCAAGACGAGGAUUCACCUCUGCAGUCAUUGUCCCUCGCAGAUUCCAAGCUGAAGACUGAGGUCACCAUCAUUAUUAAUGCCUUGGGCAGCAAUACUUCUCUUACAAAAGUGGAUAUUAGUGGAAAUGCCAUGGGAGAUAUGGGAGCAAAGAUGCUGGCAAAAGCCCUACAGAUAAACACCAAGCUCAGAACUGUAAUAUGGGACAAGAAUAACAUCACUGCGCAGGGCUUCCAGGACAUAGCUGUGGCACUGGAAAAGAAUUAUACUUUGAGAUUCAUGCCUAUACCAAUGAAUGACGCUUCCCAAGCACUCAAAACAAACCCUGAGAAAACAGAAGAGGCGCUGCAAAAGAUAGAAAACUACUUGCUUCGUAAUCACGAGACCAGAAAGUACCUACAGGAGCAAGCGUACCGGCUGCAGCAAGGCAUUGUCACUAGUACCACUCAGCAGAUGAUUGACAGAAUAUGUGUAAAAGUGCAAGAUCAUCUCAACUCUUUAAGAAACUGCGGUGUGGAUGCUGUACAGGAGGAUGUCAAAUCUGCAGAACGGCUUAUGCGGGAUGCUAAGAACUCCAAAACACUCUUACCAAAUCUGUAUCACCUCGGUGGAGCUUCUUGGGCAGGAGCAAAUGGUUCACUCUCCAAUCCAAUCCAAGAGACACUUGAAUCCAUGGCUGGAGAAGUGACAAGGGUCGUGGAUGAGCAACUUAAGACACUCCUUGAGUCUAUGGUGGAUGCAGCAGAAAACCUUUGCCCAAAUGUAAUGAAGAAAGCUCGCAUCCGUGAAGACCUGAUUGAGGCUAGCACUGAGAAGAUUUCCAUCCCACGCACUUUUGUGAAAAAUGUCCUCUUGGAGCAAUCUGGAAUUGAUAUCCUCAAUAAAAUUAGUGAAGUAAAGCUGACAGUGGCUUCUUUCCUGUCUGACCGAGUUGUAGAUGAAAUCCUGGAUGCGCUUUCCCACUGCCAUCACAAACUGGCUGACCAUUUAAAACGCUCUAUUAUCACAGUUGAGGAAUUGACAGAGAUAGAACGUUUGGAGGAUCUGGACACUUGUAUGAUGACUCCUAAAUCAAAAAGGAAAAGCAUCCACAGUAGAAUGCUCCGGCCGGUGUCCAGAGCUUUUGAAAUGGAAUUUGAUCUAGAUAAAGCACUGGAAGAAGUACCUAUCCAUAUAGAAGACCCACCAUUUCCUUCCAGCAGGCCAGACAAACGAACUUCUGGAUUCAUUUCAGAGCUGCCAUCAGAAGAAGGGAGAAAACUGGAACACUUUACAAAAUUAAGGCCCAAAAGGAAUAAAAAGCAGCAGCCCAGCCAAGCAGCAGUGUCUGCUGGAGUGCCUCCAGAAGGGGAUCAGAAUGGCCUCAUGGGGAGAGUGGAUGAAGGCGUGGAUGAAUUUUUCACUAAGAAAGUGACAAAAAUGGAUUCAAAGAGACCAUCAACUAAAAGUUCAGACAGCAGUGAGCCCAGUGAAACCGGUGAUGAGAAGAAGAAAAGGGACUCAAGGAAGAGUGGCUUCCUUAACUUAAUCAAAUCAAGAGGCUCCAAAUCUGAACGUCCCCAGACUGUGGUGGUGGCAGAGGAGCCCUCCUCGCCCAAGGUUGCUGCAAAAAGUCCAGCUGUAGACACAAGCAGGAAGGAGGUAAAGCCUGCAGAGCAGAACGGUGGUACAGAGCGAUCUGAGGAAUUAAAGACGCCAGACUCGCUGGAAGAGGUGCAGCCAGACGAUGCUGCAAAAGCUGAGAGGGGUGACAGCAAAGGAAGCCCACAAGGAGGCCGGAGGUACGGCGUGCAGGUGAUGGGCAGUGGACUUCUUGCAGAAAUGAAAGCCAAGCAGGAGAAGAGAGCAGCCUCUGCUCAAAAGAAACUUGGGAAUGACACAACUAGAGAGUCUUUUGACACGGCGGUGAGCUCAGAACGACUGGAUGGAAGUGGUACAGUGCCUAAACUCCAGCAGACCCUUCCAGAGAGUCGGUUUGCCUUGAAUAAAGGUGACUCCAUUUCAGCAGCAUCAGAAAAAAAUUCAAAAGCUGAACCAAAGGCAGAAGCUGGUGCAAAGGCAAGAAGUUCUUCCAAUACACCGACCAGCCCAAAACCCCCUCUGCAGUCAACAAAGCCCAGCCUGGCAGGACGACCCACAGUGCCGCAGAAACCACGCUCUGCCUCUCGUACUGAGGAUGCUCCGGAGUCUCCCUCUGGCCCUAGUUCCCCAAAAGUUGCCCUGCUUCCACCUGUGCUGAAGAAAGUUCCUUCUGAUAAAGAAAAGGAUGGUCAGAGCAGCCCCACAGUCAGAUCAUUUUCUCAAGAAGCCGCGAAAAGAAGCCCUGGGCAGCAGUCUCAUGAGUUCCAGGAACUGAAGCAGAGGUCCUUAAGUAAAGACGGCCAUCAGGGAAGCAAGUCCAGUGACUCUGGCGAGGAAGCAGAUAAAGAUUUUAUUUUUGUUUAGCAAUCAGUACAAGUGCUUUGUAGCGCAAGAGCUUUUUAUAACAAUCAGGGUACAGCAAUCAACAGCCCCUUCUGGCCAGCUGCUCCUUCACCACAGGUACAUUUCCAUGCAGAAAGCCUGAUCUUCCAAUCGUGAUUUACAAUACACUCACUUGGCAUUGAUUCGGUCCUUAAUUUCUGUUCUGUGCAACGCAGACGUUCCUUUCCAUGCCUUUGCUAAAGCCAGCAGUUCUCUCAUGUAUUCUACUUGAAUUUCUCUGAAGCAGCUACAAAGAGUGCCCUGCAAUAGGGCAUUUAGAAAGCAAAACAACUUAACUGGACGCUGUCUUACACUAAUACACUGUGCAGCAGGUAAUGUGUUGUACUGCUGAAUGUAAAUGUGUCAAAUCUGCACGUGACUUACCUAUAAAUAUAUUCUUGCGGUAUGCAAUUGCACAUUGUAAUUAUAUUAAAAGAGCACACUAAUAAAAUAAUUUGUAUAGAUUAUAUAUAUUAAAUGCUUGGGUAUGGUUUUUACAUUCUCCCAUAGGGAGGUUCUUUCUUCCUGUUCUCGUACUGUACAUAAAGCUCCAACGCUUACAUUUGUGUACCGUCAAAAAGCACAACAGAGAAGGAUUUGGAUGACGUAUAAUCAUGGUAUGCUUCCACAUUCAUAUAUUAAUGUAUAUAGUUGAUUGGAAUGAGGGCAAUUGAAAUUUUAUUAAUAUUGGUGUUUUCUAGAGGCCUUCCUCGGUUCUGUCUGCAUAUUAGCUUCCUUUCAAUGUGUAAUUCUACGAGAAUAAUAGUUUGACAUCUGUAAAAAUAUUUCAGCUUUUGGGGGAGGGGGUGCAAAUUUCACAGCUACCCACUUACAUUACAGGUUGAAGGGAUUUUAUUCAUAUGUAUAUUUGUAACAAUAAAAAAUGAUUUUACAACUGAAA